CUCUGGUUUCGCCCGUUUUUCAUGUGUAUUUUGGAAGCUGCUAAAAAGCCUAAUCGUGGUCAAAAAUCUCAACUUGAUCAUUUCAUCUACAGAGCAUUUCGGUCACUUAACAGCAAGGAUAUUCCUAAAGGACUUUUGAAGGAUUUGGUUGCGUCAUUAUCUAAUCAUGCUUCUGAUUCUGAUCCUGAGGUUCGUGAUGCUUCGUGUGCUGCUUUGGGUGCUAUACAAAAAUGUAUUGGUGAAAGUGCACUUUCAGUUUUUUUAAAUGCUGAAAUUGUCAAAGAUGCUUCAAAAAUGUCAAAGGUUUAUUUGACUGUUGUUAAGUUUGCCGGGUGUAAAGUUUUGAUACAUAACACAUCGUCUCGAUGA